CCCUGGCGACCUCGUGACGCGGGUGGGCGGAGCGUGUGACGCGUUUCCGGUCUGUGUCGGUGUCCUCGCUCUCCCGCUGUACCGGCCGCUCUGGGUUCCCGGAUUCCGCUCUCCUCACUAUGGCCAACGUUGUGGACACCAAGUUAUACGACAUCCUCGGGCUCGCCCCCGGCGCCAGCGAGAACGACCUGAAGAAGGCUUACCGCAAGUUGGCCAAAGAAUACCACCCAGACAAGAAUCCAAAUGCUGGAGAUAAGUUUAAAGAAAUCAGCUUUGCAUAUGAAGUUCUGUCAAACCCAGAGAAACGGGAGCUCUAUGAUCGAUAUGGAGAGCAGGGGUUGCGGGAAGGAAGCGGAGGCAGUGGAAUGGAUGACAUAUUUUCCCAUAUAUUUGGCGGUGGCCUGUUUGGAUUCAUGGGUGGACAAAGUCGCAGUCGCAAUGGCAGACGAAGGGGUGAGGACAUGAUGCAUCCUCUGAAAGUAUCUUUAGAAGAUUUAUACAAUGGAAAGACUACCAAGCUUCAACUUAGCAAGAAUGUUCUGUGCAGCUCUUGUAACGGACAAGGCGGUAAAACAGGUGCAGUUCAGAAAUGUACAGCUUGCAGAGGUCGGGGAGUACGUAUCAUGAUAAGGCAACUGGCGCCAGGGAUGGUGCAACAGAUGCAGUCUGUAUGCUCUGACUGUAACGGAGAAGGGGAAGUCAUUAAUGAAAAAGAUCGCUGUAAAAAAUGUGAAGGCAAGAAAGUUAUUAAAGAGGUCAAGAUCCUUGAGGUUCAUGUGGAUAAGGGCAUGAAACACGGACAGCGGAUUACAUUUACUGGGGAGGCAGAUCAGGCCCCAGGGGUAGAACCUGGAGAUAUUGUUCUAGUUUUACAGGAAAAAGAGAAUGAGGUGUUUCAGAGAGAUGGAAAUGACCUGCACAUGACACACAAGAUUGGACUUGUUGAAGCGCUCUGUGGCUUUCAGUUUAAUUUUAGGCACCUUGAUGCACGUCAGAUUGUUGUCCGAUACCCUCCAGGGAAGGUUAUUGAACCAGGUUCUGUCCGUGUAGUACGUGGUGAAGGCAUGCCACAAUAUCGUAAUCCCUUCGAGAAGGGUGAUUUGUUCAUUAAGUUUGAAGUGCAAUUCCCAGAAAACAACUGGAUCAACCCAGACAAGCUCACGGAACUUGAAGAUCUUCUGCCAGCCAGACCAGAAACCUCCACAGUAAGUGGUGAGACAGAAGAAGUAGAUCUUCAGGAAUUCGACAGUACUCGUGGUUCCGGUGGAGGCCAAAGACGUGAAGCAUAUAAUGAUAGUUCUGAUGAAGAGAGUGGUCAUCAUGGGCCAGGAGUGCAAUGUGCUCAUCAGUAAACAAGCUGCUCACAUAUUUUUGUUUUUUUUUCUUCCCUUCAAAUUUGCCUGUUUUUUUUUUUUCUUUUGUUUGUUUUUUUUCUGCUGUCUGACCGGAUUGCCCCUAUGAUUUGAUGGACAUGUCUCUUCCUGUAUGUGUAACUUUUAAACUGGUUAGAUAGUAUUUACAGAGUGUAUAAUUUAAACUAACCAUAUGGCUUUUCAUGCAGUUUUGACUGUUCUAUAUCAAAAUUCAAAAAAGAGAACCUAUACAAGAAACACUCAUGGAAGACAAGACUUCAGUCUUUAUCACAUGCUUGAUUUUUACCUGUCUCUGUAGAUUAACAUUUUUUUUUUAUUUUUUUGUUCCAUAUUUUAAUUUGUUGCAUUGUAAAGAGAUGUGUAAAAUUGUCCCGGAGCUCUGUAUUUAGCUGCACCUGCAUAUGCUGCUAUAAAAUAGAAUUCAUUUGGCGACCUGUAUGUCUCCUUGAUGCACAGUAAUGACUUCAGUCUUUGUAUAGAAAGCCUGAACGCACGUUAAUUGGGAGAAUACAAAAGGUUUUGUUUCUUUUCUACCAUCUUGUCACGGAUUUCAUCCAUUAAUAAAAACCAGUUGAUGUAUCCUAA